CCGUCCCGCCGCGGGGCUGCGGACCGCGUUGGCGCCGAGGAGGGUGACGUGGAAGGAGAAGUCCCGCUUCAUCCCCGCCGCCCCCGUGGCCGUGCUCGGGUUUCCCGUGAGCGGACGGGAGGUAACGCCGCAGCAUCGCUCCCGGAGCGACGCGUUAUGUAACCUCCCGGCUAACGCGCUCCGUGGAACUGACGCCUCGGCCGCCGUUCCCGCGGAAAGGGACGCACGGACGGGCGUCUGAGGCCGGCGUUCCUCCUGCGCUGUGUGAUGCAGACGUGAGGUGGUAGAUACUGACAGAGUGAUCUAACGUAAUUAGCUCAGUCAAAUAAUCUGAAUGAUCGGUAAUUAUCUCUAGUAAAGGCUUAGGCAAAGUAUUCCUUGAAUAUCUUGGCUGCAUGCGGCUGUGUCCGUGUUAGACUUCAGCUGAAGAGAUUUUUCUAGCGAUGAUCGUGAUUUAUUUUCAGUUACCGAAUAGCAAGUCUGAAGCAAGUUCUCAGCCUCUCAUUUGAAGUACAGUUUGCGUUUAGGACUUUCCUUUUUAUUUUUCAAAUGACAACAAAGAAAGCGACAUCAAAAAAUAAAGGUCAGAACAGGAAAGUAAGUGAUUUCAUCACUUUUCUGACAGAAGGCUUUUGAAAACAGCCAUGGAUUUUUCUUCACAGUAGCUACUUUACCAGCUAAUGAGGUAGGAAGCCUGAUUAAUUUUACAGAUACGAACCACAAAUAAGAUAAAUUUAAAUACUGCUUUGAGAAUCGUUGCAGCAAUUGCUUGAGAAAUGCCCGAGAUGGCCUGAAAAUGGAAUCCCUGUCACAAGAAGAUGAUGGGCGGACUGAGAAGCCCACUUUGAUGCGUGGUAAAGAGGAGGAAGUUAGGGUUGGAAGUGGAACUGGUACAAAUAGCAGCGAAUGGGGCUUUGGCUUGGUUCAAAUCAAAAGAGAUCUGUGGCCUUUUGAAAAGGAAGCAUUCCAGUAUUGUUAUUUUCUUCCUUUGUGUAGGCUAAGUGGAUUUGAGGAAUUACCUCAGCAGAAACCUGCUGUUUCCUUAACCUCUGUGAGCCCGAGAUUGCAACAGAACUGCUAAUUCAAAAUUCAGGUUUUUUUCCUGUUUUGUCUGCGAUGAAGAAAAUGCUAAUGCUGUCAUAUGAAUUAGUGCCUUUAUGUAUAACACAUGCAGUGAAAUUACUUUUUUUCUUUUGGUCACAUCUGUAAAUCCAUUCCUGAUAUCAGUUUGAUUUUUUGGUCAAUUACUGUACGUUUUUAGCUUGUAGCUGGGAUCCUCAUUCUAACACACUCGGAGCACAACUGUGGUAAAUCACUUGGUCAUCCAGCCUGUACGUGCAGCUGGAGGCUUGAAUGAAAGGGAUUUUUUCUGUAUGGCAGACAUUGUACAUGGUUUGAAUAUUCUUAGAAAACCUUGGAGUUGAGUCAUAUUAUUUCUUGUUUGCAUGUAAUAUAUUAGUGCAUAUAUUAGCAGCUAUAUAAAGGAGGUAUAAUAUGGAUUUAGAUAACCUAUAACUGCACCGAAAUGGAUAGCUCUCACAGAGUUGUUCAGCAAAGAGAACUGGAUGUUACCAAGUGACACCAUGAGGACACUUGGCUGCACUCCUCUGGUGUCCCCGUUGUGAGAAAUAAGGUUUGGUGUGGUGUUGUGCAAGGGAGUGGUCAGGUGGUGAGGAAUAAGGCUGUGGAUGUAUAUUGAGAGAUUUUUCUCUCUUGGGUAAGACCUGCUAGUGAAGCUGGUGCUGGUGGAACUCUCUGCUGAGCAAGGUUUGUUGUAAGGUGUCGAUUUUUCAUUGCUUGUAACGUUUGGAAGUAAUUUAAUUUGUUUUCACUGAAGGCUCCCAUGCUGUGGGCUGGUUUCUGAAGGAAGGUUUCAGUGCGGUUCAGCUAUUUCUGAUGAUGAAAUUGUGGCAAUAAUGAGUUGUUUGUGAGGAUCUAUUUAGACUUGUUAAAAUGAAACACUUUGUCUCCUGAAAACUCCUACGUAUUUAGAAUGGUGCCUUGAAAAUUAGUAGAUGGCUCACAUUUAUGUUGGAAAUGUGCCUUGCCUCGUUCAGAGGGGGAAAACAAACAAACUGCCUUAACAUGAAUGCUUUUGUUGUUGACUAACAACAGAAGCACUUCACAUUUCUUUUAGAGUACUUAGGGAGGCCUCCUGUGGUUGUGGGGAUAGAGAAAAAGGCUGUUUGUAUAUGGGGGGAAAAGGGCGAUGCCUUGGAAUAUUCCCAGUUUCCUUCCAUAUUUGUGUUGUUCUGUAUCUAGUGUUCUACUACUUAUCAUUCAGAAAUUGUAUGUUUGGGAAGGCUGAUCACCUCAUAGCUUAACUCUUGUGAAAGGUGGUCUUUGAACAGCUGCAUUCAAGAAAAACAUUUAUUCAGUAAAGAAAAACUUUAUUUUCCUUUCAUUAAAUGAUGUGAAGAUGAUUUAUUUGGAUUUCAAUGCAUCUGAGGUCAAAUGUUGUAGUUUUGUCAAAUCCAUUUGGCUAAGGGGAGUGUGCAUGUACAUAGAAAGAGAGAAAGGAUGUUAUUUGGAUAAGCAGAAAUUGAGCAUAUGAUGAAAUCCAAGUGUGAAAGUAGAUUAGAAAAGAAUUUAGGAAAUGUUUUUAUAUUACAUAGAAAUCACAUUGGAUACUGUGUGCUUAGACUUUGAACUGAAGAGAGGGAAUUAAGUGAACCUGCAUUUAAAUAUGUAUAUAAACAAAAAUGUGUGUCUAUUGACUUAGCAAUGAAGCAAUUGUUUAAUGCUCAGGCAUUGCUGCACUUCCUGGAUAACUGAGGCUUUGCAGGCUUUAAAGGAUUAUUUUCAGUGUGAGCCUAGAGAAAGUUUGCAUAGCAGUUUGUUCCUUUCUGGCAUGGAGAGAGAGAAGGAAAAAAGAAAAUAAAAAAAGCUUUGUAAAUGAGGUGGAGAUAGCGACUGAGGAGCUGCAGAUGUAAAAAUACCAGCACUGAAUAGAAAUGAACUGCUUCAAGUCCUGCUUUACCAUGUGAAUCCUAUGGAUAAAGGUGUUGGCAGGACUUCUGUGCACUUCUAUGAAACAGUUCUUACCUGCCUUUCUUUCUACCAUAGUAUGUUCAUAUAGAACCUUAGUCUCAUUAAGUGUGGUAGUGUGGUGUUGUUUUGUUUUAGUUAUAUCUAAUUGACAUAGGAUGUUAGGCAGGGAGCCCUCUGCCCUUAGGACAGAGUGCCAGCCUUUAAAACUUCAUUGUAGUUGAGAAAAACCUGUGCUAACAGCACAGCAUCAGAAUCACAUAAUGGCUUAAAAUACUAAACCCAAGCUGUGUUGUCUGUUAAUGCAUCUGAGUGGCUAAAGUGUGUUUGUAAAUACUGAACUUUAAAGUUUGAUCAUUUCUUCUAACUGUAAGCUUUGUGCUGGAAGGGUUUGUGUCUGUGAUUAAUUGUGUUCACAUCAGGAGACCAGCUAAUGAACAGCUCGUCCACUCCAGCAGGCAUUUAUGCAGAGCUGAUGCCAGAACACAGAGCUGGGACUGGAUCCUGUGGCUGGAUGUGUACAGUGAAGGGUUUGCUUUUUUAGAACAGCUUCAUUAGAAUUCCUUGCAGCUGUGAGGGGCUGUCCAUGGAGAUUAUCCUUGCUGCUGGAGUCCAAAGGUUAUCUGUACUCAGCUGUGUGCAUGGGCUGUCUUCUGGUAUUUUUCUGUUGACUUUAAAAAUCGUCUGUGUUUUGAGUCACCAUCCAGUGGUUGUCUUGCAUGCCAUACUGCAGCCAUACUGCAUGAACUUUGCUUCUGUGUGUGGUCAGCUGGAGGUCUGUAUAGCACAGCAGGCAAGAAAACUUUAAUUACAGCUCCAGAAUGUGCAUCCCCCAUUCUUCCUGAUGCAUUAACUAGAAAUAGGAAAUGGGUUGUUUAGAAAGAGAGUACAGUAAAAUGCUUCACAGUGAAGGGAGAAGUGACUCCUCCUUUCCUUCUGCCUUCUCCAGGAACAGCACAGAGCAGCACUGCUCUUACACUGAAUCUUAACAGUGGUCCCAUAUGUGUCCAACCCACUAGCUUUAUGUUUUUGUUGCCCUCUAUUUUUCUGUCUCUCUCUCUAUAUAUAAUUUAUAUUUUAAUACAUACAUUAACAGUAUUAUGUAUUUUAUACGUGGUCUAAGACAGUUCCUUUUCACUCAUCAUGAUCCAGGCAAACCAAAAAGCUGGACACUCGUGGUAGAUUGAGUUUUUAAAUGUGAUAGCCAUAUGUCUGCUCUUGGAAACAGAGAUUCAAAAGAUGAGGAUUGAGAAGGAAAUAAUUUGUUUUAAUAGGCAUGUGUAGGUAAAGACAGUGGAGGCUGGGUCUGUCAUCUCUGUUCAUAUGCAUGGUUCCUGUAGGCAACUACUAUCAUGUAGCAUCAUAAACUAGAGAAUACACAUGUUGCAGCAAAAUUCUGUAAUGCUAAGUACAAGGCAUAAACACGUUGGGGGCUAUAAAACCCUGUCCGUAUUGGACAGGGACAGUCAGCCAGCUGGGGCACCUGGAUGGCAAAGGGAUGGUUGCUGCGAGUUAUCCCAGUUCCAGGAAGAGGCAGCUUCGUGCAGUUUCUGCAAGUCCAGAGCUGAUCACAGCACUGAGAAAUAGCUGGCUCCAGGUACUGCUGGUGGAUCUGACUAAUGCCUGUUUGCAUUUGUAUCUGAGGGCACAGGAGGAUGUAGCUGAUAGCACCUGUAAUUGCUGUGAAUAACUUCCUGUUGGCUUGGCACCCUCCCCUGCCUGAGCCAGUUUGUUGGUAAAUCCUUGAGUGCUUAUACAGUGAUCUGGGUGGAAAUAAGGGCUUCUGUAGGGGACGGGAUGGUAAGGAGUGACUGCUGUAUCAGCUCCUUGGGGGGAUUCACCAUGUGAACACGUUUGUUUGUUUUUUUGUGUGGUUUUUUUUUUGCAAGCUAGAGGAGUACUGAGAACAGAGGUGGGUUGGCUGGCAGUGCUGCCUGCUGAGGCAAUGCAGCUGUUUUAAGUUGCGUCACACUUGCUUUAUUGGUAAUUAAUUUUUUUUUCUCAGUAAUGACUAAAUAAAGCUGUGUAUUGUUGGUCCUCACAUCUAGAUUCAUCCUAGUUCUUAGAGGUUUUCAUAGAGAGGGCUAUUUUUGCUUUUGUUAUUAACUCAGUUAUUUGUCUUUCUGUAAUAUCACACAAAGUCAUGAUAGUCAGGAUACUUGCAGGUGGUUCAAAAGAGCAGGGAAGGAACAGCUUGCAGCUUACACCUGUACAUGCAAGAAGGGAAGAAGACUGGUAGCAUGGGUUUGGGGGAGGAUUGUGGUUAGUUUGAAAAUAACCUGGGGGACAGGAUGUCCCACAGAAUCUUUAGCUGGCUCUUAAAAUAUCAAAUAGUUUGAAUAAAACUUCUGCAGUGCUUGUUCUUGCUUACAACUUUUUACUGGAAAUCUCAAAUAAUAAAAGUAUUCAUAGAUCAGCUAGUUGCAAGCUUGAGAUCUCUGUGUGAAAUCUUAAGACCAAGAGCAUCUGGAAUAAUGCUGUUGCAACUGGCCUGGACAGCCUGAAGUACUUAACAAUAAAGGUUUAAAGGCAUUCAGAAUUUUCCAGUCUCAAACUGUUCAUUAAUUAAUGCAGACAAUUUCAGACUUAAAGGAAAAAUAAAAGCACAGCCAGAACUUAGCUGGCAGUGACUUGAUAUUUUAGUGUGCAGAAGGCUUUUUUUUUUUUUAACUGGUGUGCUGCAUAGUGUUUGCAAAUACCUCUUAGCUGAAAUCCUUUUUUCAGUUGCAAGCCAAAAGCAUGCUUUUUGCAACCAUGAAACGUGUAUACUGAAAAGCAUUUUCUGAGUUGUGUAGCAAUACACAGCUUGCAGAAAGUUCUCACUUUGAUAAGACUUUAGUGUAUGAUAAAAGCACAGACCAAUUCAGUUUGCUGAGUACCGUGCACUGUCCCUUUUAGGUAAUGCACAGUGCAGUUCAAUUCUGGGUGUGAUCUAUAUAGAAGGAUGGCAGUUAGAAAUGAACAAAGAUUGAUUCUUCAAAAACAGAGAUUAGUAGGGAUAUUUGAAAAGCUGGGAAAUGUUUGCAAGGUAAGUAUGAUGUUUUGUUGGAUUCCAGUAAACCGUGGUUUCAUAGUAACUCUUUCUUUUCCUUUGUGGCUUAUGAAUUUGUUAAAUAAGGACCACAUUUCUGUGUAGAAAAGGAUGAAUUUGUUCCAGCAGCCUUCACAGUUAGUGUGUCAGUGCACACACAGUACCUUGUCAGGUACUGAGUAGUGACUGAUAGAGAAGGCUGGCUGGAAGAGGUGGAGACCUGUGCACUAGUUUGUGCAUUGAUGCUUUUCUGCUAAUCAAGUUUAAAUGGUGUGGCUCUUAAAUCUCUACAGAGAGCAUUUUAAAAUUAAAGUUUUAAUGACAGUGCUUCUUAUAACUUCAGUGUAUCCUGCUUUCAAACUUCUUUUGGAACAAAAUUGAGGAACUAUUAGAAUGUUUACAUAAGCUGUUAAUGGUUUUCCUAAAUAUAGAAAAGGCUUAAAGCCAAAAUAUUUCUAUCCAAGCUUUCAGUUAUACAAGCAAUGCUAAAAUAAACAAUUGACACCAAAUCUACUGUCAUAAAAGCUUUUUUUUUUUUUUUUUCUCCAGGAAUAAGCCCAUUUAUCAGAAUGUAAGGCCUGAUUUUCCUUGCCAUGUCCUGCCUCAUCUACAACUUCCUUUGCUUUGCGGGUUCACAAGGGCCCCUUAGCGUUUGCUGCUGGAAAACCAGUUGUGUGAGCUUUGCGUUUUGAUUCAUGUUGUGUUUCAUCCUAUUCAUCCAAAAGGGUUGUUCCCCUCUGUCUAGGGUACCUUCUGGCACCAUGGGUUUGGCAUGACUCAUGGGCUCAUACACUAGUUUGUAUGUGAUGAUGUGUUUCUUUUUCUGAAUGAAGCUAAACCAGUGAAGCAUCGCUGCGUGUGGACAUCAUAGAAGCACAGAAUCAUAGAAUGGUUUGUGUUGGAAGGGACCUUCAAUACCAAGUAGUUCCAGCCCACUCUGGUGGGCACGGUUGCCACCCACUGGGUCAGGUAGUUGUGGAAUGAUCCUGUUUCUCCCUGUCUGAAACCACUGUACCAAUCCCUUUAUCCUUUUUUGUGUUCUCAAAAAAAUAUGGAUAAGAAAACAGAAGAGCCUGCUCCAUCUGCAUCCAGCCAGUACCCUAAGGAAGCAGUGAGGAAACAUCACAACUCAGAUAGAGGAUCCAGGGGCAGUGACUCUUCCAGAGCCUCCAGGAAAAGCUUCAGGCUGGACUACAGGCUAGAAGAAGAUGUAACAAAAUCAAAGAGAGGCAAAGAUGGGAGAUUUGUCAACCCAUGGCCAACAUGGAAGUCACCGACCUUGCCCAAUGUUUUGAAAUGGUGCCUCAUGGAAAAAGAUAACAGCAAUGUGCCAUCUUCAAAACAGGAACUUGACAAAGAGCUUCCAGUGUUAAAACCAUACUUUGUUCAAAACCCAGAACUUGUUGGAAAAACAGGAACUGGUAUGAGAGUCACGUGGUUGGGACAUGCUUCAGUUAUGGUGGAAAUGGAUGAACUGGUAUUUCUCACUGACCCCAUCUUCAGCCAGCGGGCUUCUCCUGUGCAGCUGAUGGGCCCCAAGCGCUUCCGACCACCUCCAUGCACGGUUGACCAGCUCCCCAAAAUAGAUGCUGUUGUCAUCAGCCACACCCACUACGACCAUUUGGACUACAACACUGUCAAAAGUUUAAAUGAACGCUUUGGCAGUGAGCUGCGCUGGUUUGUGCCUCUAGGGCUCUUAGACUGGAUGCAGAGAUGCGGUUGUGAGAAUGUGAUUGAACUGGAUUGGUGGGAAGAGAACUGUGUCCCUGGUCACGAUGCGGUGACUUUUGUCUUUACCCCUUCUCAACACUGGUGCAAAAGGACUGUGACAGAUGACAACAAGGUUCUGUGGGGCAGCUGGUCUGUCUUGGGACCUUGGAAUAGAUUUUUCUUUGCAGGAGAUACCGGAUACUGUGUUGCUUUUGAACAGAUAGGUAAAAGAUUUGGACCUUUUGACCUUGCAGCUAUCCCCAUUGGAGCUUAUGAGCCAAGGUGGUUUAUGAAACAUCAACAUGUGGAUCCUGAAGAAGCAGUAAGAAUCCAUAUCGAUGUUCAAGCAAAGAAGUCUGUAGCAAUUCACUGGGGAACCUUUGCUUUAGCAAAUGAGUAUUACUUGGAUCCUCCAGUUAAACUGAAUGAAGCUCUUGAAAGAUAUGGCUUGAGAAAAGAAGACUUCUUUGUCUUAAAUCAUGGAGAGUCCCAGGACUUGAGUACAAACGAUGGGUCUGAAUAGUAAACCAGCAGCAAUUCCUUGUAAGCCUUGUUUGAUUUGAACGAGUAUUUAAUAUUGCAAAUGUUAAUUUGAUGUACUUUAAGAGUAGAUUAAUUGGAUUUUUAGAUUCCACACGUGUCAGUUUCAUAACUAUAAAGUUCUCAUACAAAUUUCAUUUUACUGUUGUUUUUGUUUUCAUUUUUCAGUUAUAUUCAUUUUAUUAGUUUGUUUACAAAUUUUGGGAGGUGAUCCACCACAACACUGGUUUAUAUAUGAGAUAUUGUAUGGAUAUAACUUGCAGUUUCAACUCUUGCCUGCACCAGUAAUAAACAUUUUUGUUUUUAUUUUAAACUCUUCGUCUAUAACAGCAAUAAUACCUUCAGAACAGGACACAGUCUCAUAAUUAAUGGCUGAUAUUAAUUAUUCAUUGUUAUAUCUCACUCAUUAAUAGUUGAUUUUCAAAUUAUGUCCUGUUCCUCGGUAGCUUCAAAACAUGUUGUAUGGGGCAUCUCCCAAUACAUCUGUGUUAUUAAAGCACAAGCACAGUAAAAUCAUUAUUUUACAGUGUGCUUCUACAUUUUCAUUUACUGAGGAAUCACAGAAGUUGAAUUUUAAAAUGAUCUAAAGAAAUGUGCCUUUAACAGAAAGAGAGAGCUUCAAUACUGCAGCAUCCAUGUGUAAUGCUUAAUGAUGACCAGAAUAUCUGUGCACUUUCAUUGUUUAUGUUUUUAAGUUAGGCCUGAACGUGUCUAAAAUAAUUUUCUUGUCAAAUACUGUACAUGAAAUGGAAGAGUCCAUUAGUGGCACUUGUCUUUGUAUCAACUCAGCCAAUUAAAUACUUUUUUUUUUUAAAGUGAAAAACAUUAAGGGCUGUGGUAAUAUUUCUUAUGGCUUCCUUAUAAUCUUCAAGUUGAAUGAGAGACUUGCUAUUGUAAUACUUGGCUGAACGUAUCUGUAUCAAAUUGCCAUGCUUGUUUACAGAAUUAAAGCCUAUUGUUGCCAAAAACAAAAA